AUGGCCGCAAAAUCCGAUGAGGAGCCCUGGACUUUUGUCACCAGCAAAAAAGGCCGGCAAUCCAGAAGAAGGGCGCCACCAGCGGCCAGAGAGAUGUCCCAGACCUCUGGUCCGGCAAGGACAACUCCGAAUCUCUCCGUCCAAGACAUACAGUCAGACUACAAGAAAUUUUCCCUGCAAUGGGCCGACUCAAAGUGCUGCCACAAGCUCCAGGAGCUUGUUAAAUCGAAGUCGUGUCACCCUCGACCUACCAAGGCCAUCUGCCUUGGCCUUGGCUCAUUCGACCCUGAAGACGGCUCAUGGCAGACGAGACGGAGGAGUCACAUUCAACUGGCAGCCUUUGUGACUUUGGUCGAGUCUGUUGAAAGCGAUUCAACGGAUAAGAUUCAAUGCAUAUUUCAGGAUCCAUGCUUUACUGCUAGUGAUACCGAGUUCCUCAAAUCACUGGGUUAUGCGAUUCUAGAAUCCCCAGAUGGAUUCGAAGCUGUCUCGGAGGAUUCUAUUGUGUUUGGCAUUCAUCUUUACAGGGACAUAUACACUGCUGCCAUUGAAAAGGUCAUGCCAGCAAUGUUUGUCGGUACUGGAUAUGAUGUUUGGGAAAAUUAUGCUGACGACAAAGAUGAAUCGUGGAACAAAAUGAAGCGACUGGAUGGUAGCUGCCACAAAAUAUCGUUUCCCGACGACCAGGAUUUCUACCCAACAUUCACAAGCACUACGAUACAUUGGCGAAAAGCUAGUGACGAUGUGCUCGAGAAUCUCACAAAAGUUGUUGAAAACCUAACAAUCACCCAGAAGGAGGACUGA